GGCAGACGCGCAGGCGCAGUGGGGCGCCGUCGCGGAGCCCUCUCGGGUAUUUCUGGCGAUCCGGGGAAGCUUGUUUGCUAGGUGCAGCUGGGCCCGGCAGGUGCUGAAAGGCCGGGGUCGUGGAUCCCCAACACCUAAGUCUCAGCAGCACGGAGGUGCAGGGUGUCACGGAAGGCGCGGGGCCGGGCGCCGCCAGCGGCGCGCUCCGCCUCGGAGCCCCCGCCCCUGCUCCGGGCCAGGCCCUGGCUUCAGCCCCGGUCCCGGGUUCCGCGGCCUCGCAGUUCGCGCUGCUGGUGAUGCACCCCUGUGGAGGGCAGGACGAAGCCGCGGCCGAGGGCGUCCUGCGGCAGGCUCCGGCCCUGGGGGGCAGCGGCGGACCCGGCAAGCCUGUUCGGUACCUGUGCGAAGUGGCUGGGGAUGGCGAGGAGGAGGCGGGGGAGGACGAGGCCGACCUGCUGGACACCUCAGACCCCCCGGGAGGAGGCGAGAGCACAGCCAGUUUGGAGGAUCUGGAGGACGAGGAGACCCACUCGGGGGGCGAGGGCGGCGGCGGGGGAGCCCGGAGACGGGGCAGCGGUGGCGGCAGCGGCGGCGGCGGCCUGAGCAAGACCUGCACGUACGAGGGCUGCAGCGAGACCACUAGUCAGGUGGCCAAGCAGCGCAAGCCGUGGAUGUGCAAGAAGCACCGCAACAAGAUGUACAAGGACAAGUACAAGAAGAAGAAAAGCGACCAGGCCCUGAACUGCGGUGGGGCCGCCGCGGCUGGCAGCUCAGGAAACGUCAAACUGGAGGAAAGUGCAGACAACAUACUCUCCAUUGUAAAACAAAAAACGGGAUCUUUUGGAGAUCGACCUGCAAGACCUACUCUUUUAGAACAAGUGUUAAAUCAAAAAAGACUGUCAUUACUAAGAAGUCCAGAAGUGGUACAGUUUUUACAGAAACAGCAGCAGCUAUUAAAUCAGCAAGUUUUGGAGCAAAGACAACAGCAGUUUCCAGGAACAUCAGUGUGAGGGAAUUUAUUAAGAAGAUCUGCACGUUUUUUAUCUUAUUGUAGUGGACGGACAUAUUUUUAUACUAAAGAUAAAUGGGGUAAGACAUGCCAGCAGAUGGUGAACAGUCAUUUUCCUGUGAAUGUAUGUGUGCAUUUGGGGACAAAUAAGCAUUGCACGUUGUGCAUCUAGUCCUUUCAGAUCACCAUGGAUUUGAAGAAAUCAGCCUAUCUUUCCAAAGUAGUAUUUAAAUGCAAGGUUUUUUUGUUUGUUUUCUUUUUAACUGUUUUUCUUCAGUCAUUGUUACUGAAGGUAAUGCAGCAGUUGCUUUCUGUGGAAGUCAUGAAGUUAAUAGAUACUAAUCUCGGAUCAUCUAACUCAGUGGUUCUCAUCAAGGGGCAGUCCAUGACACUCUAAGGCCAACCAUCCAUCCGGUUGGAAAUGGAUGGAUAUGUUUUGUAACAGUGACCUUGAAAACUUGCUGGUUUUUAGUGAGUGGACCAGGAAUGCUAAGUGUCUGGAAUGGUCCCCCCACAGUUUAGAAUUAUCUUAUACUCAGUGCCAAUAACCCUUCUCUUAAGAAACACUGAGAGCUAUUUGUGUUGAUAAAAUGUAGUUGGGGCACCUAGAAUUGGGUUCUCGUAAUAACCUUUUCUUUCCAGUUAAGACUGGAGCUGUCAAAGAGGUAAGCUUAUUUUUUAUGUGUAAAGAAAGGGAUCAUUAUUAAAUAUCUGAGAGAGUAGGAUGUGUAUCUCUUCUCAGAGAUGUACUGGUAAAACCCAGGAAAAACUCAGGAAUGAGUGCACCUCCUGGAGUCGGCCUCUCUGCUUCUCUCUGUUCUCUUAAAGCAGGCAACUCUUGUGUACUGAAUUUGUGAACAGUACAAAUGUAUGUCCUCUUACCAGUGUCAGAACAAAACUACUUUUUUAUAUUCAUUUCUUUUUCAAAAAGAGAUCCCUAAAAUAACACUCCAGCAUUUUUGUCAGUGAUUUUCAAAAUUGAGCUAUUUUAAGAUCGUAUUAUUCCUAGAUAAUGUUCAGAGAGUGGUGGGCAAUCCGGAUAGAUACUUUUUUCUUGUACUUUCUCCUAAUAAAACUUUUAAAAGGCAAAGCUUACCAAUAAGAGUACCAAAUCAAAUGUCAAGAAAGUAUUUCCAGUGUUAGAAUAAUAAGUGCAUGUGCCUCAAGUUAAGCUGUGCAGACAGUUGUUACAGUCUCUUAAGUUUUAAGCUCUGAAAUAUAUAUCAAGUUAUAUUUAGUCAUGGUUGUUCUAAGAUGUUCUUAAGGAGAGAAGGAAUCUUUUUGUUAACUUUUUAUAUCUGUUUUUAUACCUGCAUAACUGUGCAAAAACGCUUUUACCAGAAUUACUCAUUAAAGUCAUUAUUGACCUUUG